AUGACUUCGCCACCGACUCACGAUCCUCCCAAGGCAGGCAAGCCCGCUCAUAUCUCAGGGCCUGAAGGUGUUUUCGACGAGUUCAUUUCUGUCCUUGGGAGAUUUUGCACCGAGAGUGGGUUCCAGGGUUUGCAGACCAUGGUCCGAGAUCAUGACAGGCUUGGAGAGGAACUUAGUGACACGAAAACCGCUUACAGCAAGAACCUCGAAAAAUUGACCCAAGUGAUCACAGAUCGAAACGUUGAAAAAGAGUUGUUCCAAAAGAAGACUGAUGAGCACAACAAACAUUACAAAAAGGUCUUGGAAGAAAAAGCAACGGCGUACCGAAAGCUUAAGACUGAACAGGACACUUCCACGACGUGGGAAAAAAAAGCUGAACUCCUCGUGAAGGAUGUCGAAAGAUCCAUCGCUACCAGCAAGAAACACGAGGCUCGCAUCACGGAGCUUGACAGCAUCAUUGACGGACAAAGAGACCAGCUCAAGGCGGCCAAGGAGGAAACCGCUACGCUCAAGAGCAAGUUGCAGGCCACAAACGACCAGCUAGGCACCAGUUCAAAGGCUUUAGCAACUGCAGAGAGCAAGCUCGCAACAAUCAUGUCCUACACUGCUGUGAUGACAUCUCUCAAAGAUGUCAGAGUGGAGAUGUAUGCACAAAACGCCUCAGCCUUGUUUUGGGAGUUCCUCGGUCGUGAUAUCUCCGAGGACCAGCUACAGGACCUGAGUUUUUGGGAUCGCGUUAGGAAUCACGUAGCCAUACAACGUGCAAUUCCCUUACCGGCCUCGAAUUCAACCCAAGCGAAGCAGAUGAGGGCAACUGCGGGCCUGAUCAUUUAUGCUAGAGCGCUGACCAGAUACGUCUUCCGACCAACGUACUUUUCACAGGAAAGUGAUGACAAAGAGUUGUUAGACGCGCUGCCUACGACGAAUGCCUUUCAAGACACAGUUGUUCGAGCCGUGCUGCUCGAGGUGUUGCCGGACAAGCAGAGGAUGCGUCAAGAAGCGUGUGCCGAGCACGUGAUCGAGGAUGUGAUAGCGGCAACAGUUGGCUGGGUACCGGCCGAUCGACGCGCGACACUGAGAUCACGUCUUAGCAGCCUUACGAGCAUGCUGUGUGGGGCUUGGCAACGUGUACAAAGGCUACGCGAAAGGGUCGAGCCGUGCUUUACCUUCGAGACCCUGGACGAUUGGCAGCAACUGCCGCCAUGGGUAGACACAGUUCCAUCAGACAAUCGCGCGAAGGCAUCACCACCGCGUCAGGGAAAAGGAGGGCAUCAGCCACGACAGGAACACUCGAAGCUGGUGGGGUUCUCGACUCAAGAUGUAUUUCAGGUUGUGUGGCCAGCUUUUCUCGUGAUCGGCCUCGAGCAAGGUACGGAGGAGGAAGAGGAAGGUACAUCAGACCUUGUGUGCCAUGGGUACGUGCUUACGCGUGCCGGAGUCCAAGACGCCGAAGAUGAGGACACGCCGCGCAGAGCCAUGCGAAGGGCUAUGCGUCACAGUAAUGCUGUGGCACAAAGAAACAGACGCGAUUCGGCUGUUUUUUUAUCCCACGGAGCCUUCAAUGGAUCGGACGUCAAGUGA